GUCUCAGAAGUAGAACCCACAGGACAAAAAAACUACGGUUCCUCCAGCACAACUCAGUUUAUUUUAAAUAUUCCUGUUACGCAUGUUGCUUACGCUUGCGACGGAGUCUGGUACAAGCUCCCCCUCGUAGCAACAGCACGGCACUGGAGGAAGAAGGAAAACAAACAUUAUUCCUUCGCUCUUCCUCUGCCCUCCCCGAAACGAUCCAAUCAGAGCUCCCUCCCUUUCCACGUGCCCUUCGUGACAGUUAGCGAUCCUUCCUCGAAGAAGAGCGAAGGGACGGCUCGUGGGCUCGUUUGCUACAGUUCGUAUCUUAGUGGAGACUUUUCACGAGGUUGAAUUGAUUGCAUUUGGUCCUCCCCUUGACGUCUGCAGCGCCGUCUUUCUUUGGAAUGAUUUGUUCGUCAAAGAUUCCUGUUGCUUAAAAUAAAGUCCCUUGGCGUCGACAGUCUUCAUUCCUCUACUGGAGCCAUGGCUUUGGGAAUGGUCCCCCUACUGAAACGUUGCUUGUUGCUUGGCCUUGCCCAUCAUUUUAUUAUGGUCUCUGCAUGCCAUGAAUCUUAUGGAGAAUUAAUUGAGGAUUUUUGUCUCAGCAAAUUUAAAUCUGACAUGGAAACUCUCAGGAAGACGCUAUGGUGUGAUUGGGAUAAGACUUUGGACUGUUACAAGGAGCUUACCAAUUGCACUAUCCUGAUAGCUGAGAAACUGGAUUGUUACUGGCCAAACCAACUGGUGGAUCAGUUCUUCAUAACAAUUCAUAGUCACUACUUCAAAACCUGCCCUGUUUCAGGAAGAGCUGUAGGAGACCCCCCUAACAUCAUUUUAUGUCCAUUCAUUGUUGUACCAAUUUUUAUCACCCUACUCAUGAUGGCAUUGGUAGUGUGGCAAAGCAAAUACAGUGAAGGCAUUAUUUAAACCCAAAGGUCCAAGAUAAGAUUGGUGAAGAUGAACCCCAAAGUUUUCAACCUCCAAGCUGUACUGAAGUCUGUUUUGCUGUUUCUUUGGUAGAGUUCUAGAUACCAGAACACAGUAUUUUUAGAGACGGUGUAUAAUAGAAAACUUUCUGCUAUCUAGAGAAAAAAAACUGUAUGCAUCUUCUUGAAUUAACAAAUAUUUUGCUUAAAUCAAGAGAAUGCAUUGAGAAAUUGUUCUCACUGUCUGAACUGGUAUUUAUAAUAUUACAGACCUGUUUGCAGUAUUGCUGCUUCAAUCUUCAAAUAUAAGCUUCUCUUUCCUGGUUCUUUCAAUAUAUUUUUAUUGUCCUUGGUAAUUACACCCUUCUCUUUGGCUUAUGCACCAUUUUUUUAGAUAAGGUACUGUAUUUUUUGGAGUAUAAGACGCACUGGAGUAUAAGACGCACCUUAGUUUUUGGGGAGGAAAAUAGGGGGGGAAAAUUCUGCCUACCAGGUAUUCAUCUGGCUAGCAUCCUUAGCCUGGUCAGUUUCAGCACAUUAAUUCACUCGCUGGUUUUGAGGUUGGGGCUGGUUCAGGUUGGGAUCGUCAGAGGGAGCAGCAAUUAGAAAAGCAGGCAAAGCACAGAAGAUCGCUUCACUCGCAUUGGGGCUGAAAAACAGCUUCAAAAGCACAGCUGAUCGUCAGAGGGAGCUCCAGUGACUAAAGCAGGCAAAGCGCGGAAGGGGUAAGAAAAGGCAGCAGCUGUUCCAUGUAGCCAUUUUGGGCACCGUACAUCAUGUUUUCAGCCUCCUAACACGUCAUAUUUUCGGGCAGCGAUUGGCAGCAAUGUGCUUUGGCGAUCGCCACAGCCUUCAAGGGCUCUCAAACGGAGUGUUUGGAGGCUGAAAACACAACAUGCAGAGCCCAAAAACACAAGCCAUUGUCGGUGGCAAUCUCUGCAGCCAGGAAGAGGACGCACAGAGGCCGAAGGGUGUGGGCCAGCGGGUGGGUGGGGUUACAUUCAGAGUAUAAGAUGCACCCAAAUUUUCAGCUUCUUUUAGGAGGGAAAAAAGUGUGUCUUGUACUCCAAAAAAUAUGGUAAUUUGGGGAAAAAAAUGUUGGUGAUGCAUCAGCACCUGUGUACCAUAGAAACAAUGUCAAUGAUGAGAUAAUAAACUAUUUCAAUGUAUUUUGUUGGUUAAAAUCAUUGAAAACUAAUAUAGUUCGUUGCAUUAAUUUUUCUGGCUAAAAAAUUAACAUAGCAACAAUAUUUUUAGCAAAUCCUAAUUCAUUCAAAUAUAAUUAUUUCUUAGGCAUGUUAAUUUUUUAUCGUACCUUUUGUAUGAACAAAUGUUCACUAUAAAUAUUUUUAUAUGGACAUUAAUUAGUGUAGACAUUUAUUCACAGGACAAAUCUUCAGCAGAUUAUUGGCAAAAUAUUAAAGUUUGCAAUAUACCAUUCUGAAGAAAUGCUUUCUAAUAAAAAUUGUAAUAAAAUAAAAUAAAUAGUAUAAAUAUUAAAACAAAAAAUCUAGGUUUCUAAUAAAACCUAUGGCACUAAGAAAUUUAAUAGUAAAGUAGUAAAUUUAUUAAUAAAGAAAUGCUUGGAUUUGCGAUACAACUUUGGUGGCAAAAGCUAAUUUCUGAUUACGUUUAGUGAAAUUCCCUACUCUUAGGACAAGAACAUCUACAUAUUGGCUCACAGCUGUUGGCUAUUCCAUGUGUGCAUGUGAGAGACUAUGAGAUAGAGACUGAAAAUAUGCCAUAGGCUACAAUUAUAAAUAAUGUUGUUUUGAACAAUUAAACCCAAAGAAAACAUGUAAGCUUUGGAUUGGUCUGGACUUGGUUUGGAUAUGAUUUAUUUUUCAUAUUUUGCUCUUUCAAAUCCUCCUCCCUAAGCAUUGCACUUUCAUAGGAAAUGCAGUGUAUAAAUGAGAGAGUAACAGUUAUAAUCAGCAGAAAUUGUUUGUUUUCAGGAAUCCGGUCUCUCAGAAAAAUGUAUAUUCAGAUGAGAAAAAGAAGUCAGGCUGAUGAGGGGAAGGAAGAAGCAAAUACUGACUGGCUCCAUACCUGUGGUUUAUUCAAUCAACAGUUACUCAGCAAACUAUGAGUUAGUUAAAAGAAUGAACUACCUACUUUUCCCCAUCAAAUCCUGUUGUAUUGUUUAAAAUUCUACGACUUUAAAUAUAAUUAUGCAAUUUA